ACCGCAUCUCGCACACCCACACCGAGCAUCUUAACGCUGCGCAUCGCUCUACGAACCUAGGACGAAAAAAUAAAAUCAAAUUCCUAGAUCCUGCUGCUUGGUCGCAUUGCGCCUGCGCUUGACAUCUGCCGAUCGCUCGAUGGCCCAGCCGCACGCUGCGUGCUGAAAUCGCCCGCCAUGUCAACCGACGACAUCGACGCAGCCGUCCAUGCGUCGUCUGAGCCUCUCCCUGUCGACACGCGGGAUAGGAUCGAUGACCAGAUUGAAUGUGCCAAAGUGCCCUUGCAGCCCGCCUUCUUGCACUCGCCGCCGGAUAGCAACGAUGCCGGCAAGUCAGAGGCCAGCGACUCGGAGCUGAGCGACCUCGAGGACGAGCCGCCGCUGGAGGAUGCGCCGAUGCUACCCCCGGCUCUCGCUGCUGAAGAGGACGAUAUUGGUGAAAUCGAGCCGGACCACUGGUCGUCCGGCAACGUGCCGGUUUUCAAGCCGACGAUGGAACAGUUCAAGGACUUCAAGCGAUUCAUGACAAAAGUUGACAAGUAUGGAAUGAAGUCUGGUAUUAUUAAAGUCAUUCCGCCAAAGGAGUGGUCAGAUGCACAGCCACCACUCGACGAUCUCGUGAAGCAGGUCCGAGUCCGCGAGCCAAUCAAACAGGAUAUCAUGGGUUCGAACGGCACUUACCGCCAGGUUAAUAUUCUCCAUGGACGUUCUUACAACAUACCGCAAUGGAGGCAGCUUUGCGACCAGAGCGAGCACCAGCCUCCUGCGCGGCGCGGGGAGAGACGCGCGAAUGCGGAUAAGCCCAAACCUGUACGAUCUCGCCCUGCUGCCCCGAAGACUGCGGAUCCUAAUGCUGCACCAAAGACUCGUGGACGAGGACGACCACCUAAGAAUAAGGGCAAGGCCAAGCGGGAUGAAGAGAGCCGGCCUAUGACUCCGGUAUCUCCAAGGGUUGAGGCUGAUGGUGCAGCAGACGAGGUGAUGGAGUCUAUCGAACCGAUAAAGGAACUGGGCACCGAGAUAGACUACGAAGACGAUGAGCAGCCUGAAUUCCGCAGAAUGGGCGGGAUUAGACCCAGCAAGCCAAAGAUCCAAUCAACAUCUGCGCGCCGGAAAUACAGCCGCCGAGAAGGAUCUGCAGUGAUUGAUGAGGCUGCGUUCAAGGAUUUCGACUACCGGAUGGAUAUUUCCGAUUAUACGCCUGAGCGCUGCGAAGAACUGGAGCGGACUUAUUGGAAGACAUUGACUUAUGCUCAACCGCUAUAUGGUGCUGACUUGAUGGGCACGCUCUUUGAUGACAGGACUGAGAAUUGGAACCUCAACAAAUUACCAAAUCUCCUGGAUGUUCUCGGCACCAAAGUCCCUGGCGUCAAUACCGCAUAUCUCUAUCUUGGAAUGUGGAAGGCGACUUUUGCCUGGCAUCUCGAAGAUGUCGAUUUGUAUAGCAUCAAUUACCUUCACUUUGGCGCUCCAAAGCAAUGGUAUAGCAUUUCUCAAGCCGAUGCCCGAAGAUUUGAGGCUGCCAUGAAGAGCAUAUGGCCCGCCGAUGCUAAAGCUUGUGAUCAAUUCCUCAGACACAAGGCUUUCCUCAUCUCACCGCAACACCUUCAACAGCACUAUGGCAUCAAGGUCAACCGAGUUGUCUCUUAUCCCGGCGAGUUCGUCGUCACGUACCCCUAUGGAUAUCAUUCCGGCUAUAAUCUAGGAUACAACUGCGCCGAAGCAGUCAAUUUUGCCCUCGAUUCCUGGCUUGAGAUGGGCAAAAUUGCCAAGAAGUGUGAAUGCGCCCAAGCUCAAGACAGCGUGUGGGUUAACGUAUACGAGAUUGAGCGGAAGCUGCGUGGAGAAGAGACUGAAUACGAAGAGACAGAGGACGACGACGACGAGGACGAGGACGAGGACCACGAUGAGCUUUCCGGACUUCCUACUCCUCCUGGUCACGCUGUGAAAUUCAAGGAUGCAAAUCGUAAGAGGAAACGCGACAAAGCAGACAAGGGAGCCAAGACCAAGGUCAAGAAGAUUAGACUACGACUUAAAGUCAAGGCCGAACCACCUUGCUGUCUGUGCCCCAACGACAUCCCCAGUCUGGAGUUUCUACCUACAGACGAUGGCAGAAAAGCCCAUCGCCUCUGCGCCCUCUAUAUUCCCGAGACAUACAUUGAUACAGUUGACGGCAAAGAAACUGUCUUCAACGUUUCCGCUAUACACAAAGAUCGCCUGGACCUCAAAUGCUUAUUCUGUCGAUCAAAACGUGGGGCUUGCUUCCAAUGCUCCCAGAAGAAAUGCACGAGGGCAUACCACGCUACAUGCGCCGCAGCAGCAGGGGCGUUUACUGAAGAGCAAGAGGUCCCAGUGUUUGGCGAGGACGGCACAGAAUACAAAGAACAGGCCUUUGAGUUUAGCUGUCGCUUCCACCGUGCCAAGCGCGAUAAGAAGCUGGAUGGCGAUGCUUUGGAAGAAGACUCUCGUAUCUUGAAAGCCGCCGAGGCCCUCCAGAAAGGGGAGAUUUGUCAGCUGCAAUAUCAUAAGGGCGAAAUAUUUGCUGGAGCCGUGGUGGACAAUCGCCCAGAUGAGAGAAUGCUGUUGGUUGAUGUUCUUCCAAACGGCGAUCGGAUGGAAGUCGAGUGGAAAUGGCUCCUGCUUCCAGACCCAUCUGAUUAUCACCUGCCCAAGGCGUCCGCAAAUGCCAUCCCGCUGCCUUCUUCCCAAAAGGCAAAGGAUAAGCUCAAUGCCAAGCGCCAGCAAGGUGAUGACAAGCCUCGGAAAGAUGAUACUUUUGUUGAAGGUGGCUUUACCUGGGCAGAAUUUCACACCAGCGAGGUUACGAACAAGGAGCAGGCAAAGGUCGACUUUACCAAGCAAGAUCAAAUCUGGCAUUAUCUUGGCAAGACAUCGACCGAAGCCAGAGCGCAGUAUACCGAGGAUCCAGCAAUCCCGCGAUACAAUACCAAGAGCAACUUCUUGGAUACGCUCCCAAAGCCCCCCAAACCUGCGCCUGUGCGACAAGUAUAUCAACAGAGAGCCUACGGGCUAUAUGGCCCUACUGCUACGGGUUAUGCGGGUUUGGAAAAGCCAUACGUCUACCAGCCGAGAACUUCUACAGUGUCGACAUACUAUCAUCCCGGUACAUACUCAUUCCAAGGAGCUAAUGCUGCUGCUCCCGCUAUUCAAAGGUAUCAGCCGUAUACAGUACAGCGAUUUGAUUACAUGGCUGGAACAGGUGGGAAGUAUCAGAAUUACACAGCGCCGCCACCUCCACAGCCGGCACUACCCUCAGCAUCAUCAAUGGAAGGCCAAAGACCUGCUCCACCGGCACAGGUUCCUCAGCAAUAUAGCAAGCCUACAUGGCAGGUUCACUCGUCAGUAUAUCAAAAGUACCCAUUCUUCCAAGUAAAUCACAACAGGGACGCGUCGAAAUAUAGAACUCCGUAUUCACCCUGGGGCGGGUUUACCAACGGGUACGAAGGCGAUUUGAGAGCACAUCUGCUAGCGAACCAGAACGAUCUCCUCCGACGGGCAUCUUUGGCUGCCAUGUCUCCGGUUGGCUCCUCUAGACCAUACCAGGCAUCACCUACAACAGCUAUCUCACCUGGGGCAACGGCAAUCUCCGCAGCGUCACAGCAAGCGACCACUUCGCUACCCCCACCAAUACUGGGAACCGCUAGCCAUCAGUAUCAUCCUGCAAUUAAGGCUCAAUAUAGGAAUAUGGCUCAGCAGCCCAGCAAGCCCAAGCCAACCCCCGCGCCCAAGCCGUACAAGGUUGGCUUACCCGCAGCUAUCAGUCUGUCCCUGAAAUCGACUAAAUCCGCAAUGCAGGUUCCACCUAAGCAGUCUCCAGUACCUUUGCCGGCAGGGUUCUUGGCCGCUAUGGCCUCGUCGCCCGGCACUCCUUUGCAGUCCUCUUCCAAACCUUCGCCACUUCCACCGUCCAGUCCCCAAGACGGUUCUCCCAACACUAAACCGGCUAUGCCAUCCUCACCAUCGACAUCUCUCCGUGGGUCAGCAACGCCUGUGGGAUCGACAUCCAAAGCGCCACAACAGCUGCAAAGAAUAUCAGUCACUCCGGUACCACUCCCCAAGUUUUCUAUGGUGUCCCAGGAGAGCAAAACAGCGACGAUGCUUUCACCAGCAAAGCCCGAGUCAUCGAAUUUACCACCGGCCACGGGACCGAAUGGUUCGGAAGACGGUGUGCCUGGAGCUACUACGCCCAAAGCAGAGGAGGCUACUCCAACAGAAAUUGCAGUACCGAACCAUGGCUGAUCGCCCUCCUCAGCCCCAUUUUGCGCAAAAUACGAUGCAUCACCAACCCGAAGGAUUCCCUGACGUUCCAGGCUGCGAAUCUAUGGAGUUUGUCGAGCGGAUGAUGGAGAAUUUGAGGAGAGCCUCUCAGCGGCGGAGUACAAGCUGAGGACAAAAAUAGUUUUCCUUUCGACUUUUUUUUUUUUUUUCCUUUUCUUACAGGCAUACCCAUUGUGCUCCUUUUC